AUGGAAGGGUUGAUGUACCCGUUACUGGACAACACCAUCCCGUCAUGGGCUGUCCCGGUGAUCGCUCUGGCUCCUGCUGCCGUCGCUUUCCUUGUUCACUACGCCAUCCGGAGGGACGUCGUGGACAUUCACCACUCGGUGCUAGGCCUGCUUUUUGCCUUCUUCUCCACGCUGCUCAUCACCGAUGCUCUCAAGGUCUCGGUUGGCCGUCCCCGCCCCGACUUCUUCAUCAGAUGCUUCCCCUCAGGAGUCCCUGUGUACAGCAGCAGUGGCAAUGCGUUGUGUAACGGCAAUCCAUCCAUUGUGAGCGAAGGAAGAAAGAGCUUUCCGAGCGGACAUGCAUCGGUUUCCUUUUCAGGCCUGGCCUAUCUCUCUCUCUUUCUAGCAGCCAAGCUCCACUCCAUCUCGUCCUCCGCCGCUCACCUCUGGCGUCUGCUGCCCCCUGCGCUGCCUCUGGUGGGGGGAGUGGCCGUCGGAAUCACACGCAUCGACGACUACUGGCACUUCCCUUUCGACGUCUUUGUGGGCAGUCUCAUCGGCAUAUCCUUUGCUGCUAUCUGCUACUUCAUGCACUACCCAUCGCUGCGCCAUGACUACUGUCAUCUCCCUCGCGAUGUGGUCAGGUCUGAAGUUUCUAGAAGAGCUGUUUUGGAUGACAAUAUUGACUCUUCGCUGGAUGUGCCUGCCAACGGUGAUGAUGGGUCGUCACAGGUCUGA